AUGCUGAAAGGAAAGACCAUUGCUGGAUAUUCUCCUCUGGGGGCCAAGGAUCGUAAAAGUGGGCUGGAUUUUGGUGAUAUCGGAUCUCAGGGACUGGGUUCCAUCGGAUCCUCCAAACGAGACUCGCAUGGCAGCAGUAGUCGAGACUCGAUCGAAAAGUCGACUAUAAUCUCCGCACCCAAAUGCCGGGACAUCUACAACAUCUUCCAUCCCUCGGAUCCCGUGAGUUAUCGAAUUGAGCCGCUCAUUUCACCGGCAAUGGCCAGUCUCAAGCCCCAGCCCUUGCCUUCGGUCAAGAAAAGCCUGUGGGCUACUUCCGGGCAGAGUCUCUCCAUUCUAGGCACCCGUAUGGGCCAAAGUGUUGGCUCUCUCUGGAGUAAUUUCACUUCUGGCGUGGCGAGCAGCUUGCUGAAUCGCAGUCUCGGCUUGACUGAGGAAGCUUCUGCGGCUCGGAGUACUGCUAGCGGCAAGGCAACAGAUGACGGGACUGGACAUAGACGAACUCAAUCGGGCACUAGCCAGCAUAUCUCUUCACAUGAGUCUGAUGAUCAUUGUGAGACCCUCAUUGAUCAUGAUCUCGAAACCCUGUAUGAUGGUUUCCAGAAGAGUCGGACCACCCACAAAAAGGAUGCAACACGGUCUUCUGGCGAGACGGAGUCUGGAUUCGAGUCGGAAGACCAGGAGCGCAAAUUGAAAUUUGAAGAUGCCAAAGUGCGAGCCUUGAACUCCAAUGGCCGUGUGGACUACAGCAUUCAAGAGGGCGCAUUUGAUAUUUCCCUGAUUGCCAGUAUUGCCAGCCAUCUGACCUACUGGGGGGACGAGGAUGUGAAUCACUUUAUGCUCUCCCAAAUGUUGUCGCGCAAGUCGCGACAUCGGCUCAAGGGUAGCAGCGCGGUAGAUAAACGCUAAACCAUAGAUUCAUACGGAGUACAUAGAUCAAUCAGUACAUAGAUCAAUCAGUACAUAGAUCAAUCAGUCCAU